AUGAAAACAGAAGAGAUCAAGGAUUCAAUGGAUAAGCCAGAUGAACAUUCAUGUGAAAAACAGAAACAGGUUGACCUUAUCAUUAAAGAUAGAAAGCAUCGAAGGUAUGAUGACGACACCAGUGAAGAGACUGAGCCAAGCGAACCAAAGCGUCACUGUUUACCUGCUCAUGGUGCAACCGACGAGGAGAAUGCAAAGUCCAAUCAUGAUUUCAAGCAUUGGCUAGUGUUUACUGUAGUAACAGCUGGUCGACAAGGCUCCGAGUUGGGAUCAGACCAAACACCACUGAUUCAAUUCAACGGAAUACUCGGGGACUUCUAUGCGAACCAGAUUCUUGAUCGGAUCACGUUAAAUAUUCAUCCUGAAAGCUACACUCGAUCUCACCAGUCAUCAGCUGACUUGACAAGUCAAAUACCUCAGUCACAGCCAACUACUACUACUAAUGUUAUCUUCCAUAACACCAGAACUGAUGGUCAUACCCAACCUGAUUUGGAUAUGUACGACAAUGCAUCGGACCAAUCACCAGCCGUCAAUACGUCGACAUUGAGUUCUACAACAGAGACAGGCAAAUUUGGCUCAACAAUCAAUCAUGUGAAUAUAUCAACUGAGGCAUUACAAGCUGCUGGAUUUCAAGACACUAUAGACACUGAAACAAUUGGUUUGACUUUUAAAGAAGCAAUCACAAAGGUUUUAUACUGGUUAAAAGAUAAUGGUGUAUUCAAUGACCAGUCAAACGAUGAUCACUCAAGUAUCCUGUUGAUCUCAGAGAAUCACCAAUCAGUACGCAAUGUACUACACGCUGAAGCAGCCUAUCGUGGUUUUGAUCAUGAAUUAAUGAAUCGCUCACCUUGGCUAAUGUACAUAGAACUGAUUGAGCAUUGUCGUCAUUUUCUUCAACGUUUCAGCGUUUUUAAUAAUGAUAUUGUUGGUAAUAAAGACAAAAGCGGUACAAGUGGACAACAAGGAAGUAAAGAAGACCAACUUCAAAGCCUUUUUGACAUAGCUCAUGCAUUAGGUAUUCCAUGGGAAGAGACAAAGUUGGCCUCGAAUAAAGCUGAAGCAAUGGCGCGUAUAAUGAUUGAACUCAAUGAGAAAGGUUAUCGAGUGAAAGAUCCCGAGUUUGUGCGCUACACUUAUGAACACAAAACAUUUUCACGUAAGUUGAAAAUAGACGACAGUCAAGUUGUUGAAGUACGUCAAGUUCCAUGGACUGCAACACCAGCUACAAUAGCACACUAUUUCGCUGGUUUGAAUGUAUCUCCUGGUGGUGUGGCUAUUCGUUUAACAGAUGGACGACGGAGUAAUACAGCUAUUGUAGCCUUUGACAAUUCGAUAAAUGCUCAACUAGCCAUAGCGAGGAAUCAGCAUCAACUAUGUGGUUCAUUGGUUACAGAGAUUGUAAAUAAUGCAUCAGAUGUAUAUAGUCUACCAUUGUACACCAAUAAUAUUACUACGAACAAUAACAGUCGAAAUGAGUGGCCGAUGAUGGAUACCUUGCAGCAAUCUUCAGGUAUAACUGCUGUCAGACCGAUGUUCCUACAGAUUCAUCCUGCUACUGGAAGAGAAUUUGUUCAGUGUACUGGAUGUGAUCAAGAAUGUGUAACAAGCUUUUUAAAUCAACUGAAAAAUGGAGAACAAGUUGUCGUACGUGUACGUGGCCUACCGUAUACAACUACCAAGAAACAGAUUGUGGAAUUCUUUAAAGCUGUUCAAGCACAGGUAAUGCUGGAUGAACAAGGAAUAUAUUUGGUUAGUUAUCUUGAUCGACGUCCAACUGGUGAUGCAUUUGUGUUAUUCUAUGAUGAUUAUGUUGCGACAAAAGCGUUAACACGUCAUAAAGACUAUUUAGGUGAUAGAUAUGUGGAAUUGUUCAAAGCAUCACCAUCGGAAAUGGUUCAGGUUUGUUAUAAUGUGACACAAGUUCAUAGUUCACCAUCAUCGCAUAAAAAUCACUCAGCGCUGUUAGAUUUUCAAUCUAAUGGAAGAAUAAAUACAACACUAUCAAGUAAUACAGUAACCCUAACCCCUGGUAAUUGUUCAAAUUUGGUCAAUUUCAUGAAUAGUAAUAAUAAUAAUAAUAUGAAUAACACUAGUCACAAUAAAGAAACUCAUUUAAAUUCAACAUUACCCCCUUUGAAAACAGUGAUGAAUUCUGCAACUUUAUCAAAUGUAGCAAAUCUUUGGGGUAAUACUGGUGUAAUCCCCUUAUGUUUAACUCAAAACUUGUUAAAUAUCAAUGGGACAGAAUUGGAUUCAAUAGGCUUAAACUCUACUCGGAUACCAAAUAGUACAUCUAAUAUAUCACCAUCUAUCCAAUUAAUUCCAUCAACUGAUUCAUCAGCCCAAAUUCAUCUUCUAUCAGGUAUACCUAUAACAAAUCCAAUUAUUUGUGAUUUAACUGAUCCAACAGAUCCUGAAUGUCCAUUUGCAAGACCAUUACCAAUUGGUGGAGCAUGUGCAAUGGUUCAAUUGAAUGAACUACCUUUGGAAACAUCUCGACAUGAUAUACGAUUAUAUUUAGGUCCAGCUAAUUUUGCUAAAGUUUAUCGUAUGCGAAGAAUGGAGACUGCACCAAACAGCCAUACAACCUCUUGGUUAUUAUCAUUAAUCAAUACCACAGAAGCAAUUCAAUUUAUUCGUGAUCUGGUCACUAGAUCAUUUACACUAACUAACCAACAAUUUAAAGUAUUACCAAAUAUACCAACAUUUGCGUUGUACAAUGUAAGUCCAGGUGGAAAAUUGUCAGUGAUUAUUUUAUCAGAUAUUGUAUUUGGUAUCCCAUUGCAUAGAAUACAUCCAACAUCAUGCAUGAAAACAACUAAUACCAAUUCAAUGAUCAAUCCCAGCUUUAAUUGGUCACAACAAUCAGUAAAGCUUCCAAUAACUACAAAAUAUGAGGAUCAGAAUAUAUUCAAUGCUGUCACUCCUCACCUUCGACUGCCAGAUCCCAGCUUAACGUUGAAACGAUUAACUCUGCCCAUCAGGAAUCUUGAUAUGUCACAGUUUGUCAACUCCUUACCUGGUCUCAAUCUUCAAUCAUCAAUCACUCCACAGGAUCAUGACAGUUUACUGAUACCAGCCAGUUUCUUGCCUUCAGUCAAUCAUGUCAAUCCAAGUAUUCUGUUGGAGCCUAAACCUUCAUCGUUUAUCAGUGAUAUAUCAAACGCUCAAAAUCAUUGCAGUCUACCUGGCCUAACAGCAUCUAUGGUUAUGCUGACCGGUGCACCAGCCGAUGCUACACAAGAAGAAUUGGCAUCCUUUUUUAAUCCUGUCAGGAAUUUAUUGACGACCCAACCAUACUUCGUACCAUUUCAGUAUCAGCCAAACGGAACGGCUAACUUUUUAGCCAACUUUAACAGUCCAUUAGAUGCUCAAACAGCUGUACACUACUGUCCAAAUGGCAGCCUGAGAUCAAGUCAGUAUGUUAUUGGAGCAGCAUGUUUAGUCCCUCCAGUGAAUAUAACAACCAAUACAAACUGUGUCAACACACCAGUAACUAUGGUACCAAUGUUGGCAUCAAACAAUUUAAUAAACUCUUCAUGUCUCCCACAGAGUGAUCCCCUCAGUUCAGGAAUUCUUUUUAUACCAUCCUCCUCCUGCUCAUCAUCAUCAUCAUCAUCAUCAUCAUUAUUUUCAUCAUCGUCAGUAGCAGCAGCAACAUCAUCAAUUCACCAAAAUCAAUCACAUUUCCACUGA